CUCAUGAAAUAAAAAUUCCACUGCUCAACCACUUGGUAGAAAAGGGAAGCCUAUGUACACUAGCGAUCUCUAUAACCCCACGCAAACUAUAGAUAAACCAUAACAUGGUUUCUUUCAACACUCUCCACAAGACUCUCAACUCAAUUUAAGUCCACAACUUCUCUGUUCUAAGCUCAUACAUAUAUUGCCUCUUGAAACACACUUUCAUUUUGGUUUCUCUUAGACAUUAUUCUCUAUGUCUGUCUUAACCCAUCACAAAUACCUUACUAGGCACCCAACCCAAAUCCAUGGAAUUGUUUCCCAGCGCCACCACCUUUGCCGGGUUGCAAAUGUAAUAUGCUCAAACACAACCACCACCACCUCCACCUCCUCAUCCACCACCACAUCUAAGUCCAAACCAACCCAAUUAGCUAUUGAACCUAGACUUGUAAACUCCAUUGCCCCUCCUAUUAUGAAUGACCCUAGUUUGCAAUCUACAUGGUCUCACCGGAUAUGGUUGGCAACCGGGUGCACCACCGUGCUCAUUUCUCUAGCUAAGGCUAUCGCUGCAUCUGCCAAUUCACAUAUAUGGCUCCAACCCAUUUUAGCAGGCUACAUUGGGUACAUUUUAGCUGACCUGGGUUCUGGGGCUUAUCACUGGGGAAUUGAUAACUAUGGAGAUGCAUCAACAGCAGUUUUCGGCUCACAGAUUGAAGCAUUUCAAGGUCACCAUAAGUGGCCAUGGACGAUAACUAGGCGUCAAUUUGCUAACAAUUUACAUGCCUUAGCUAAGGCAAUAACAUUCUUUGUAUUGCCUAUUGACCUUGCUUGUAAUGACCCCAUAGUUCAUGGCUUUGUCUGCGUAUGUGCUAGUUGUAUUAUGUUUAGCCAGCAGUUUCAUGCCUGGGCUCAUGGGACUAAGAGUAAGCUGCCACCAUUAGUGGUGGCAUUGCAGGAUGUUGGUCUUCUUGUGUCACGUUCACAGCAUGCCGCCCAUCAUCGGCCGCCUUAUAACAACAAUUAUUGCAUAGUGAGUGGUGUUUGGAAUGAAUUUCUGGAUAAGCUAAAGGUUUUUGAGGCACUAGAGAUGGUUUUGUUUUUUCAGCUUGGGGUUCGUCCCCGGUCAUGGAGUGAACCUGCCUCUGACUGGACUGAAGACGUUGAAAUAAAACCUUCUCAAGUUACAGUAAACUAAUUCUUUAUGAAAUACAUGCGAAUUUGUUUUAAUUUCCAGGAGUAUGAAAUGUGAAUAGAAUUGUAUGCCAGUUUUGGGGGCUCAUACUGUAAGAAUCUUUUUUAUUUUAGUGAUUACCUGAUACUACUUAAUUAUAUUAGAGCAGAGUUGUACGA